CCGCCAGGCCUCCGGGACACCGCCAGGCCUCAGGGACUCCGGGACACCGGCCCCGCCGCGCCGGGGAGGCCUCCCGGGGUGACGCCGCUUCCCUGAGGAGGGUUCUGGACGGACGGGCUUAGAGCGCUGGCUUGGCCGCCGCACCGGAGGUCCCAGCUCCAGCGUUUGCAGCUCACAGGAAGAAGAAAGGCUCUUGUUAAAGCAUCCUGCUGAUGGCUGCUUGGGGACUGGUUUAGCAUUGAAGCCCGUGAGCUGGUGGUUGGCUGGUUAUGCUGCUCCAGAAGUGGACAGGCAAAAGUGACAGAAAUGUGGAAAAAAGGAAUGAAAUGGAUCUGCCAGCUCCCAGUCUGGGGGAUAAAUACCCACAGUGGAUGCUUACUCAAGACCAAGAGGGAGUUUUGGGUGAUAAAAAGAAGUCUGCUGCUCAGAGGAGUGUUCUGGAGGAUGGGCUGCCCUUCCUAGAGUUCUGUGGCUCCAUUGUGUACAGCUAUGAAGCUAGUGACUGUUCCCUUCUGUCAGAAGAUAUCAGGCAGAGUUUACCAGAGGGGGCUGCUGUUGGCUUUGAUAUUGAGUGGCCACCAUCCUAUACCAGAGGAAAAAUGGCAAAAAUAGCUGUGAUCCAAAUCUGUGUGGCUGAGGAGAAGUGUUACUUGUUCCACGUCUCUUCCAUGUCAGGUUUUCCCAAGGGACUCAAAAGGCUGCUGGAAGAUGAAGCAAUUAAAAAGGUUGGCGUAGGAACUGAGGGAGAUCAAUGGAAGCUGAUGAGUGACUUUGAAAUCAGACUGAAGAGCUUUGUGGAGCUGGCUGACGUUGCUAAUGAGAAACUGAAAUGCAAGGAGACCUGGAGUCUAAAUGGCCUGGUGAAGCACCUUUUUGGCAAGCAGCUCUUGAAGGAUAAGUCCAUCCGCUGCAGUAACUGGGAAGAGUUUCCACUCAAUGAGAAGCAGAAGCUGUAUGCAGCCACAGAUGCCUAUGCUGGCUUCCUAAUUUAUCAAAAAUUGAAAAAUAUGAAUGACAGUGACCAGAAACUCUUUUGUGUAAGAGAUGACACGAGCUCAGAGGGUGUGAAGGAGCACUUGACUUUCCUGGCUGAAGACAUGAAGCACCUGGCUUCUCUCAUUCCUGACUCUUCUGGACAACAUGGACAGUUGCAGAGGGCUGCAGAAAUACUAGCUGAAAUAUCAGAGAAUGUAAAGGCCUUGAAAAGCACACUGCUUGGUUCAGACUCUCCAUCUGCAGCAGAGAGGAGCUGUGGUGCCCCUCCAACAAAUCUGGAAGCAGAGUCAGCAAAUGCUGAAGCAGAAAAAGUUGACCCUCCUGAGUUUUCUAAAGAGCUUGAAGGUGACUUCAACAUCUGCUCUGAUGCUACAAUAGCUGCCCUCUGGGAGGGAGAUGGUAAUGAGGAGGCAGAGGGAGGUAACACUGUUGUGGAAGAUGGGGCUGUUGCAGCCAGCUCUGAGGACAAAGCAGGCAGAGAUGACUUCAUGUCACUGGACAUAACAGAGCAAGAACUUCAGAUCUUGGAAUGUCAGGCUGCAAAGGAGCUGGACAACGAAGCUGCACCUGAGGAGGCCUGUUCCACAGACAACGAACAGAAUAUUUCCUCUGUCAUUGAAAGUGAUGAAGAACUGGAAAUGGAGAUGCUCAAAUCUUUAGCAGGUGUAGAUGAUUCCAAAGGAGUUUUAACUGAAAGUGAGUCCAAUGAAGCCAGGAAAACUCCUGACACAGAACUGAACAUUGUACCAGAUGGUGAUGAAGAUGGUGUUGAGGAAGAGGAGGAGGAAUAUUUGGAUCCAUCGUUGCCAGAACCAAGUGAAAGCCACAUCAGGUGUCUGAAGACAUAUUUUGGGCAUUCUUCUUUUAAACUGGUCCAGUGGAAAGUGAUCAAUUCUGUUUUAGAAGACAGAAGAGAUAAUCUCGUUGUCAUGGCAACUGGCUAUGGGAAAAGCUUGUGUUACCAGUUUCCUCCCGUGUACACUGGAUGUACAGGAGUUGUUAUCUGCCCUCUUAUCUCCUUGAUGGAGGACCAGGUGAUGCAGCUGACGAUGUCAGGGGUUCCUGCUUGCUUGCUCGGUUCGGCUCAGUCGAGAAACAUCAGAGACUGCAUCAAAGAGGGUCAGUACAGAGUCAUAUACAUGACUCCAGAAUUUUGUUCAGCCAACUUGGAGCUACUUCAGGAUCUUCACCAAACUAUUGGUAUCACCCUCCUAGCUGUUGAUGAAGCUCAUUGCAUUUCUGAGUGGGGCCACGACUUCAGACACUCCUUUAGAAGUUUAGGCUCGUUGAAGAAGGCUCUCCCAUCGGUUCCCAUUGUUGCUUUAACUGCAACUGCAAGUCCAUCCAUCAGAGGAGACAUCCUGAGCUGCCUGAACCUGAAGAAUCCUCAGGUCACCUGCACCAGUUUUGACAGGCCCAACCUGUUCCUAGAAGUGGGACGACAAAGUGGAGAUCUCCUUAGAGAUUUGAAGCAGUUCCUGGCUAGGAAAGGAAGCAGUUCUGUGUAUGAGUUUGAAGGCCCCACAAUCAUCUACUGCCCUUCAAGAAAGGCCACAGAACAGAUUGUGGCUGCCUUGCUGACACUUGGUGUGGCCUGUGCUGCAUACCAUGCUGGCAUGGGUAUCAAGCAAAGGAGAGACACCCACCACCAGUUCAUGAGGGAUGAAAUUCAGUGUGUGGUGGCUACAGUGGCCUUUGGGAUGGGCAUCAACAAAGCAGAUAUCCGGCUGGUGAUUCAUUACGGCGCCCCGAAGGAGAUGGAGUCCUAUUAUCAGGAAAUUGGGAGAGCUGGUCGUGAUGGGCUUCCUGCCUCAUGUCACGUCCUGUGGACUAAGACAGACCUGUUCUUUAACAGACACCUUCUCAACGAGAUACGCAGCGAAAGCUUCCGCCUGUACAAACUGAAGAUGUUGGCAAAAAUAGAGGAGUACCUAGUGUCAAAUGCCUGCAGGAGGAGAAUCAUCCUGUCUCAUUUUGAAGACAAACAGCUUCGAAAGGUUUCCUCUGGCAUCAUGGGCACAGAAGAAUGCUGUGAUAAUUGCAGGUCCAGAGCCUCUUGUGCUGUCUCCAGUGUCUCAGAGAGAGGUCUCCAGGACUUUGGGAAGCAAGCCUAUCAGCUGCUGUCUGCAAUCACUGCCCUGGAUGAGAAGUUUGGAACUAAAAUUCCCAUUCUGUUUCUCCGAGGGUCUGGCUCUCAGCGCUUGCCAGACAGAUACCGGAGACACCCCCUCUUUGGCAGUGGGAGAGAGUGGCCAGAGAACUGGUGGAAAUCCCUCUGCCAACAGCUGAUAAUGGAAGGGUUCCUUAGAGAAGUCACUAGGGAUAACAAGUUUGCCACCCUAUGUGUGCUUAACCAGAAGGGUAGAAACUGGCUGUUGAAAGCUGGAUCUGCUUCCACUGCAAGUCUUCUGCUCCAGUCCAAUGAAGACCUUACCUUGCACAGACCUGCUAGAAGCAGCAAACCUGCAGCUGUCCUCUCAACACAGGGUUCCCCAGGCACCAAAGGGAAAACACAGUCCCCAGUCAAGCAGAUGUCUCUGUAUGAAAUGUUUUCAUAUGAGAGAAAACCUAGAACUUCUCCAAGAAGCAGUAACAGUGCUGCAGAGUCCUCACCAGUGAAGCCUCCUUUGAAGCCCCCAGAAUCUGUUGUUUCAUCCCCAGAAAAAGAACUAGAGACUGCUCUGUAUGGCAAGUUGCUGACUGCUAGACAGAAGGUAGCUAAUGAGAAGGCAGUUCCACCAGCUGUCUUGGCAACCAACAAGAUCCUGGUGGAGAUGGCCCAGAAAAGGCCUACAACUGUUGACAAUCUGAAGAGAAUUGAUGGUGUAUCUGAAGCAAAAUCCAUCCUGUUGGUCCCUCUCCUGGCUGAAAUCAAGGACUUCUGCCAAGUGAAUGGUUUGCAGAUGGACACAUUUCCCUCAUCUGGACCUAAAGAUCAGAAAGGAACAUCUCCCUGGCAGCAAACUGGAGCCCUCACUCCCUCAGAGCAUGUCACCUAUGUUCUAUUCCAAGAGAAGAAUCUCUCUGUGAGGACUAUAAGUGAGAGCAGAUCUCUGCCCCUUUCUGAGGUGGGCACUCACCUGCUCCAGGCCAUGAAAGCUGGCUACCCUGUGCACCUGGAGAGAGCAGGUUUGACUCCUGAAGUUCACCAAAUCAUCUCCAAUGUUAUCUGCAAUCCUCCCAUUGACUCAGACACCAGCCAAAUCCAAGCCAUUAGAAAACUUGUUCCUGCAAAUAUUGAACUGUAUCUCAUCAAAAUGACUAUUGCAUUGUUGGAGAAAGAGGAGAGAAAGAAGUCUGGGGGUGGCUCAGGUGUCAGAAGGACAUUGGUGUGGCCAGAAGGGCAGCAAGAGAAACCAGCAGCAGGUGAAGCAAGCAGGGAAGAAGCCUUGUGGAGUAAAACCAAGGGUGGUUUGACUGACCCAGCACUGAAGGAAGGAGCAGAGAAAGCCCAGCUGCAAGAGGUGCCUCCAGCUUUGGCUGUGCAGGGUGGGGGUGAGAGGCAGCCAGGUGGCCAAGGGGCAAGGGGCUGCCCCAGGCCCAUCACCCUGGCCUGCUGGAACCAGCCUGCCCUCAGCCCUGAAGAGGAGGAGCUGUUUGCUGAUUCUCAGCUCAAGGUGAGGCUGCCUGCAGCUCUGCCAGGAGCAGAGCACAGACACGAUGAAUUUGGGUGGUGGUCUUUAAUAAGCCAAUAUCAUAGAAUCCCAGUCUGGUUUGGGUUGGAAGGGAACUCAAAGAUCAUCUGGUUCCAACCCCCGUGCAUGGGCAGGGACACCUCCCACCAGCCCAGGUUGCUCCAAGCCCCAUCCAACCUGCCCUUCAACACUGCCAGGGAUGGGGCAGCCACAGCUUCCCUGGGCAACCUGGGCCAGGGUCUCACCACCCUCACACUCCAGAAUUCCCUCCUCAUCUCCAGCCUCCAUCUCCCUCUCCCACUUUUCAUCCAUCCCCCUUGUCCUCUCCCUCCCUGCCCUUGUCCCAAGCCCCUCCCCAGCUUUCCUGGAGCCCCUUCAGGCCCUAGAAGGUGCUCUAAGGUCUCCCUGGAGCCUUCUCUUCCCAGCUGUGGGUUCUUUAUGGUGCCCAAACCUUGGCACCUUGGCCUUGAUUGCCAGACAGCUUCUCCUGUUAGGAUGCAAUGACUGUGCUGCUUUUAUUGCCCUUGCUCUGUCUGAAUACACCCCUCUCACCAGCCUCCUACAGAUAUUAUCCCCAGACUCACCUUCUCAGCCAGCUCCUGGCAGGUGCUUCUGAUGUUUGGCUCCCCUUUCCAGGUGUGGAGUUGUGAGGUCUCUGCACUUGGUGUUUCUGUGAACACCACGUGCCUGAGUGUGUUUCCAGGGGCCCAUGAGGCUCUGCUGAGCAUCCCAUGUUGUAAAACUCUCUUUAGUUUGGGGCUGGGUAUUGAUGUGAGGGCAAAACGUGACGCAGACAGUUCGUUUACUCAUACUCUGGUGUCACUCUUCUGCUGUGAAACUUCAGCCUUCUUUGAAACACGUGGUAACAGGAGGACAGUCCCAGACUGGAGUUGUGUCCCAGGGGAAGGGGUGGAUUCCCCCACGUGGGGGAGUCUCAGCUUGGCAGGGUGCUGAGCCAUCUCCUGUCACCUCCAGCACGACCUAAGAAGGUUGAGCCAGAUGCUCCUUGACCUAAGAAGGUUGAACCAGAUGAUCUUUGACCUAAGAAGGUUGAACCAGAUGAUCUUUGACCUAAGAAGGUUGAACCAGAUGAUCUUUGACCUAAGAAGGUUGAACCAGAUGAUCUUUGACCUAAGAAGGUUGAACCAGAUGAUCCUUGAGGUCCCUUCCACCCAUUCCGUGCCUGCUUUCUUCAUGGCUGGCGAGAGCUUCAGGCCCCUUCCAGCACCUCCCUUCCGAGCAAAGCCCCCUUUGUGGUGCCACAGGAACAAAUCCCAGUCAGGGAACUGGUGUCUGUGCCCUUCCUCCUGCCCGUGGGGGGGGGCUGCGAGCACCUCCUGAAGGGUCCAUCAGCAUCUUCAACUCAGCGACCCCUGCCUGCUCUGCUGCCGUGGAAAUCCCGAUGCCUGUAGGACGAGCAGAAUCUCCUGUAUCUCGGGUCUGGGGAGGGGGGGGUUGGGGCUGUUCGAUCCCUGCCCCUUCCCGCGUCUUUCUCUCUCCCUCUCUCUCC